AUAAUAUACUUGAUCAUAUUGGAAAUACGCCUCUUGUGAGAAUCAAUAGAAUUACAAAAGCCGAAGGAAUUGAAUGUGAAAUUUGGUCUGUAAAAGAUCGAAUUGGAAAACGCAUGGUUGAAGAAGCUGAAAGAGCUGGAACCAUAAAACCCGGCUACACAUUAAUUGAACCAACUUCCGGAAACACCGGAAUUGGAAUCGCACUGGCUGCUGCCGUAAAAGGAUAUCGAGCGAUUAUUACUCUUCCAGAAAAAAUGAAAAUUGUUCGUACACCAACUGAGGCAGCAUGGGAUUCACCGGAAUCACACAUCGGGGUUGCAAAGCGGCUCAAUAAGGAAAUUCCAAACUCGAUUAUUUUGGAUCAAUAUUCUAAUCCAUAUAAUCCUAUCGCCCAUUACGAUCAUACUGCAGAAGAAAUUUUGAAAUCAUGCGAUGGAAAAAUAGAUAUGUUUGUUUGUGGUGCAGGUACAGGUGGAUCUAUAACUGGUGUCGCUAGAAAAUUAAAAGAAAAGUGUCCAGGGGUCAAGAUUAUUGGAGUGGAUCCGGUUGGAUCACUUCUUGCUGAGAAAGAUCUUAACGCACCCAUUGUUUCAUACUUGGUUGAAGGUAUUGGUUAUGACUUUAUUCCUGAGUCACUUGAUCACAGCGUAAUUGAUGAAUGGGUAAAGUCAGAUGAUAAAGAAUCUUUUAUCAUGGCUCGGCGCCUAAUUCGUGAAGAAGGGAUCUUAUGUGGUGGUUCAUCCGGUUCCGUGUUGUGGGGGGCGAUUCAAGCUGCGAAAUCACUGAAAAAAGGUCAACGGUGCGUUGUGCUAUUGGCCGAUUCUGUGCGGAACUAUAUGACUAAAUUCUUGAACGAUGAUUGGAUGAAGAUUCACGGAUUUAUCGAUGAGACCUCACGAAAAGAAGAAGAAAUAAAAAUUAAACAAUGGGGUGGUGCUACAAUUCGUGACCUUAAUCUCAAAAUAGCUGUUACAAUUAAUGCGGAAUCUUCUUGUAAGGAGGCUAUCGAAAUAUUGAAGCAGAAUGGAUUCGAUCAGUUACCUGUUACAUUGUCACCAAGUAAUAAGCUUGUCGGGUUGAUUACUCUUGGUAAUCUUUUAUCACGAAUUUCUAGGGGAAGAGCAACUCCUGAUUCUCGUGUGAAAGAAGUGAUGUUCAAGUUUAUUAAGGCAAAAAAUUAUGAAGAAAUUACAUGUGAUACACCAUUGGAAAAGUUGACUAGGUUCUUUGAGCGUCAUAGUUCCGCGGUUGUUACCGAGCGUGAACAUGUAUUAGUCACAGAACAUGUUCUUAUUACAGGGGUUUUUAUUUCUAUUACUGUUACUUAUAAAAAAUCUAGAUUCC